CAGGUGCGAACCCUAUUUGUUAGCGGCCUACCUAUGGAUGCCAAGCCUAGGGAACUCUACCUCUUGUUUAGAGCCUAUCAGGGUUAUGAAGGUUCAUUAUUGAAAGUAACCAGUAAACCUGGAAAGAAUCAAUCGCCUGUGGGCUUCGUCACAUUUGAAUCGCGUGCAGGUGCAGAAGCGGCGAAACAGGCACUCCAGGGAGUGCGGUUUGAUCCAGAGUUGCCACAGACGAUACGGCUGGAAUUUGCCAAAUCUAACACCAAAGUGACCAAACCUAAACAGACAUCGCCUUUACCUGCCAUAAACCCAGUGGUAGGACCACCUAUUACCCCUAGGGAUCCUUAUGAUCUGGGAACAGUUUUUCUACCUGGUGCACCUGAAACAUGGGCACAUCAUCCGUUAUCAUACACAGAUUUAACGCCUUCAACUGGAGGUGUACACCAUCCAGUGUUAGGUCAACCAGCCAUCCAUGCACAGCUACCGGUUACAGAUGGAGCAAGACUUGCUUAUGUCUUGCCUCACCACACCCCCCAGGCUGUCGCACAUACCCCCACGCCACACACCCCCCUCCCCCACCAACAAACCAUCCCUAUCAGUAUGGCCAAUGCAGCCACUAUGGUAGCCAUGGCCAACUCAGGGGCUGCCUGCUCAACGCUUUUUUUGGCCAACCUGGGGACUAAUACAUCCGAGCAGGAAUUACGCGACACACUCAGGUGCCUCCCAGGUUUUAACCGACUACGCAUGCAUAACAAAGGAGGCGCCCCAUGCUGUUUUGUGGAAUUCCAGAAUGUAGGGUUUGCUAUGCAAGCCCUGGCCCACCUUCAGGGGCUGAUGCUGAAGUCAAGUGACCGUGGUGGCCUUCGAGUGGAGUUUGCAAAGGCAAAUAUGGGUGAGCCCAAGAGAAUAGAAAUGACUACCCAUCAGCUGUCUCCAUCAAUGCAACCCCAAUUGGUAUUCCAGUGAUGCAGUUGCCAUGGUAACCAUAAUCCCUCUAAAUCAAACGGUGCAUGCAAGAGAGUGAGCGAGAGAGAUGAAGUCAUUCUAGCCUAGCAAUUCUAUCAUUAUGUGUAUAUUAUGUUUAUUCAAGGAAGAGAAAGAAGACCAAUCUAAUUAUUGUUUAUAAAAUAUCUUGUUUCCUUCAGAUGUUUAUAUUUUGAAGAAAAAAUGGAUUGUAAUCAUGAGUAUAUAAUUGGUGAAAAAGCAAAUUUCCAGUGUUUGUGUAUAUCGUACUGUUAUGUGAUUGUAGAUUUUGGAUGAUUAUUAGAGAAUUUUAGAAAUUCUAUUGAGUGCAGUUAUUAAUUUCUUUGUAGUAUAUAUAUAUAUAUAUUGAGUAGUUAAAUUACGUUUCAAUGAAAUAUGUUGUUUGAAUUGUGUCAUAAACUUGUAGUGAUUUUUCUUUAUUUUCAUUAUUCAAACACAAAAUCAUGAAAUCUAAAAUUAUGAAAUUUGAAAUCUUGAUGAAAAAUUACUUUCAUAUUAAUUGAAUAUUUCUUUAUUUAUCCUUUUCGGUGUAAUAUUAGAUUUUUAAUGCUCCUGGAUAUGUUGUUUAUUUUCAUAUAUUGACCAGUACUUGCAAAUCACAGAUACAUUUUGAAAACUUAAGUGUGUGCUUGGGUGUAAUAUUUUAUUAAAUCUUUUAAAAGCACACAGAGACACCAAUUUAGUUCUAAAUUUCUCACUAAUCACUUGUUUGUCAAUCACUUACAAUUAUCAACCUUUACCUGCACUAUUGAAAUGCAUUGUCCCAUUCCAGUUUUCUCAAUAUUUUGAACAUUAUAUUCUGUACUGCUUGUACUUCAGUCACCAAGAGCACAAUGGUAGUAUAUAUUUGAUCCUUUAUUUGCACAAGGUAUUUGGCACUUAAUUGACAAGGACUGAAAAGGCCAGUCAAUGACACUGAUGAAUGUUUCAGAGAGGGUUUCUUCUGUUGAAACAAUGCAAUUUCUUUCUCUAUCAUUGCUGCCAUCUGUUGGAAAUCAAUGUGAAAAGUUGAGAUAUGGCACCAAAUGCAUUUAAUCACUUUACUACCUUUUUGAAGUGGGUUUUACACAUUUUAUUUUAUUUAUUUGAUUUCAUUUUCAGGUACACACUAUACUCAUAACAAUAGUCAAUUCAUUACAUUGAAAAUAAUCAUCAUACAAUAUCCAAUAUACAAUAUCAAAUUAAAAAACACUCAAAAAAGGGAAAGAACACCAGCUAAUGCCUGGGGAUUAUCAAAAGAAAUCAAGUUUCUGUUUUGAUGACAACAAUUCUCCAUUAUCACAACAAUGAAAAGAUAUGUGGAGAACUAGAAUAAUUUGUGAAGAUUUCCUUUUACUGCAAUGUUUAAAUUACACUUAAAGCAUUUUCAUUAAAGCAGAGUUGAUUGAUACUGUGUUUUUGUUCUAAAUCAAAAUGUGAACAUCUAUUCCAAAAUACAUUUUUAGGCAUACUUGCACAUAUUCACAAUAGUCAUUUAAUUAAUGCACAGGUCUUGUCAAGAGCUACACAUACACACCAUUUAUUAUGAUUAUUAACACCAAAACACUUGGGCACAUUGAGUGGUCACGCAGAUGUCUUUGUGGAUGUUAUGCACCAAAUUGUCCUUUUUUUCACAGCCAGAUUAGUGUAGCCGCCAACAGACUUGCCUAGAAAAAAGAAAAUCUGGCUAAGUUAUUAUAUGUAGAGAUACUUUAUCAUUAUGAAACAUGGUGCAGUUUUUUGCUACGAAUUGUAAAAAAAAUAUUUAAUUUUUUUUAUGUGAGCAGAGGAAAAGUCAAGUGACCUAUAUACUUUUUAUUGGAAAGAAAAAAGUUUUACCAUCCAUACUUGUAAAACCAGAAAGUGCUAGAUUGUAAAGUUUUUUUUUGAUGACAUGAGCUGAUGUAAUGUUUUUGUUACAUAACAUAAACUGGUCUUGUUCUGUAAAUAUUGAUCUAUGAAUCUUGUGUUGAUAUCUGAAACAGCAGGGUAAGUUUACUGAGACAAAAGUCUUAGAUUUAUCAUUAUUUCUAGUAAAUCCUUUUUUAUUCUUUGCUGAUAAUAGCUUAGUUUCCUUUCUCAACAAACCAACCAAAGAGAGUUUUGUUUAAGAGUGAUAGUGGCUGAUAUGCAUAUCUCUGAUUGUCCUUUUUUUUCCCAAGAAAGCCAUGUUGAUUAAGAUUCAAAUUUUAGUACAUCGUAAAGGAAUUGCUAAUGAAAGAAAAUUCUGUUUUGAACUUCUAGGUUUUACUUAACUGUACCAGAUAGGUAAAUUGUAUGAAAGUUCAUUUCAAUACUUUUUUAUAUAAGCCAUGAAAAUAUUGACAGUAGCUCUCCCUUCUAGGCUAAAAUUAUUCAUGAUUUUUUAACAGAUUUUUGUUGAAAUGGUAGAAGAAUGAUGAUGAUGUGAUGUUAUUUUCUCUGUUUUUGUAUGCUUUUUAAGUCCAUUGUAACCUAGUAUCUCACAACCAUUCCUUACACAUCAGACUAGAUGAUGUACAUUUGAUGGGCACGAUAUCUCAAAAUAAUGCAAACAUGCACCUUUAUCCUUGAUCUUUUCAAAAUAGUAAAUAAGAGGAGUACCCCCCCAAAAAAAUAGUAACUAUGGGUUUAGAAGAGGGAAAAUGGAUUUACUGAUAAUUUCCUUCCAAUUGACCUAGAAAUGGGGUGAUUUCCCCCCCCCCCACCACAUCAGGUGUCUUAGUCUAGUUUGAAAGGGUUUGAAAGAAACAUACUGCAUAACUUGAAAUGUUAUGGAAUUGGGUACUCUCUUUUCAAAACUUUAUUAUCUCAGUUCAAAUGCUGCUGAGUCUUGCAAAUCAUUUUUUUUUUGUUGAGUAGAAAAAAAGAGUAAACAUUUUUACCUUGAGUAUCAAACCAAACUUGCUUUGUUUGGUUUAAGAAGUGCCUGUUUUGGAUAAAAUAUAGAUGACAAUGAUGAAUAUUGUUUGUACAUACGGUAUAUAUAAUUAUCAUGAUAAUCGUAAGUAUUUAGUAUAUAUUGUAAUUUUGGUCAUAAUUUAUACAUUUUAGUGAUUACCUUAAAGUGUUCAAUGUGUGAUAAUGCUUUUCAAUUCUUUAUUAAUUUGAUACAUUUUUUUCAUUAUCCCAUUAUUUGUCCACAUUUACCUUAUUUUGAAAGGCAAAGAUAACAAUCAGGUGGAUGUGAAUAAUUUGAAAUAUUUUUUGUUCAUAUAUUAAUACGUGCAGAUAGAUUGGAUGAUUACAAGAAGAUAGAAAGUCACAAUCGAGGGCUGUCAAAAUAUUGGACUAGUUUGAUCUUUUUUUUAGAAUAACAAAUUCAUUCUUUUUUAAAGGCUUCUCUCUUGGUCUUUUUUGUUUGAGAAGAAUGGAUUUGGUCCUCAAAGGUAAAGGGUAUGUUUUGGUUAAGUUAAAUCGUUUGGGAUUAUGUAAUUGAAAUAUGACUUUGAAUAUUUCAAUCUAUCAAUCGAUCAUUGCCCAUCUUUGUUGGAGAUAUGUAUUUCAAUUUUCUAAAGAAAACAUUUUCACAUUGAUAUGAAUGGAUGAAUAAAUUCAGAAAUGAAAUUAAAAAUAUAAGGAUGAGAAGUGGCAAUGUCCCUUGUUGACCAAACCAAAACAUUCAGUCAUGAUUUCAUGUAUCUUUUUUUUUUUUUGCUCUCAAACAGAAAGUAUCGUUUCCUUGAAGCCUUGGAUUAUCAUAGUGACUUCGAUGCAGAGCAGUACCACCUAUGUAUUAUUAAAGUGAACUAUUCUGUUGGUACUAGCAUUUUGAAUUUGAAAGUACUGUACUUUUGUUUUUCCUAAGUAUUUAUUGUUGGUUUAUACCAUGUCCUAAAUGAGAUUUUCCAUUGGAAUUUCAUUAAAUUUUGUGAAAAAUAUGAA